AUGGCAACUACCGACUCCAAGCAGGUCAUUGACGCGGAAGAGGGGAAAGAGGUCUACCAUACAGGCCACGAUGGCAAGGAGGUCCAUCAUGGAGGCUUCGGCGAAAGAGUGCGCCAUAGCGUCUCGGCGCAAGGUAUGGAUGAAAACACCAAGGAGGGACAGAUCUUCUCCAUGAACGAUGUCGACCCUGCGCUCGAUGCGAAGAUGAGACUCGUAAACAACUAUCGUGCGGGUAUUAAACUAUUCGAGCAGGCUAUUGACGAAAUCGGUUGGACAAAUAUGCAUCUGAAGCUCUUCUUCCUUAAUGGGUUUGGAUAUGCCGCCGACUCUUUGAUUCUGCUUCUCCAGUCUGUGACGGCCGGGCAGGCGGCAUUGGAGUUUCAGCCGUCCUUCACAAGAGGCUUGACCGUGGCUGCAUAUACUGGGAUGCUUGUAGGAGCGCUAUUCUGGGGAUUGGGGGCCGAUGUUAUCGGGCGUAGAUUCGCCUUCAACGUUUCCCUUUUUACCUGCUCCGUCUUUGCUAUCUGCGCCGGUGCCUCUCCGAAUUGGUAUGUCCUGGGAACUUUUACAGCGCUGGCAGCUUUUGGAUCGGGCGGAAACUUGAUCCUUGACACAACGGUUUUCCUCGAGUUCCUGCCGGGAGACAAGCAAUGGCUUUUGACUCUGAUGGCCUGCUGGUGGGGAUUAGCACCCGUUGUCGCUGCGGCGUUCGCCUGGCCAUUUCUAUCCCUGCCACAGUAUAUCUGCGUGGACGCGGAGUCCUGCACAUAUGAGAACAACAAGGGCUGGCGCUACGUAUGGUACGCGAACGGCGCACUCGUAUUCGUCCUGAGUAUCGCCCGUGUGACGGUGAUCCGCCUGAAAGAAACACCGAAAUACCUGCUCGCCAAGGGGCAGGACGAAGAAGUCGUCAAGACAUUCCAAGAUAUUGCGUCAAAGUACAAUCGACCCUGCUCCCUGACCCUCGAGCACCUCGAAGCCUGCGGGCCCAUUAAACCCACCUACGGCAACUCGCGAUACGGUGUUGGUGAGUUCGUCGCGCACCUGCGCGGGCUCUUCGCGACGAAGAAACUCGGUAUCUCGACCAGUCUAAUCUGGCUAUCCUGGACACUUAUCGGGCUAGCUUACCCUCUAUUCUAUGUUUUUUUGCCGGAAUUCCUCGCCAGCCGUGGCGCGCAGACCGGUGAGGAUAGCCCGUACUAUACGUGGCGGAACUACAUGAUCACCAACACCGUGGGCAUUUUCGGACCCGUCGCAGCGGGUUUCCUGUGUAACUGGAAGUAUCUCGGUCGGAGGUAUACGAUGGUCAUUGGGGCUUUGAUCUCCAUGGCUUUCUUCUUCGCGUACACGGCUGUGCGCACGUCGGCGCAGAACAUCGGCUUUACUUGUGCGAUUUACUUUACGGUGAACAUAUACUAUGGGACGCUCUAUGCGUAUACGCCUGAGAGUCUGCCAUCGGCGCAUCGAGCGACAGGAAAUGGAAUUGCAGUCGGAUGCAACCGCAUCAUGGGCCUUGUUUCCGCAUUCGUCGCUACAUAUGCCAACACCAAGACCAGUGCACCGAUUUACAUCUGUGCUGUUCUAUACAUUGCGAUGGCUAUCGUUGCGAUUCUCAUGCCGUUCGAGCCGUACGGGAAGAGAUCGAUGUGA